GAGUCCGUAAUUUUACACAAACGCUGUCUCUGUGUGUCUGUAUCUCCCAAUAGUCCCAAAUCGCAGUCUCCGUUUUUCUGUUACCACUUUGGAUCGUACAUCAGAAUUUUAUCCACACUUCUCCUUCUCCAGCUCAAACAAACCACCAGGGGAAAGUAAGGGGUUGGGUUUGGUUUGGACUCAUGGAUGUGAUGUUGGGUGUGGUUGUAAUGUGGACAGGGAGGAGGCAGCAGCUGUGUGGUGUUGUGGUGGUGGUAGGUGUUGUUGAGGAUAUUUUUGAACAUGAGCUCUGACAGCAGGAGCAGAAGCAGGAGCAGGAGCAGGAGCCCAAUGGACCGUAAAAUCCGUUCUGAUCGCUUUUCCUAUCGUGAUGCACCUUACAGGAGAGAUUCACGUCGGGGUUUCAGCCGAGACAAUCUAUGUAAGAAUUGCAAACGUCCAGGUCAUUAUGCUAGAGAAUGCCCUAAUGUGGCAAUUUGCCACAAUUGCGGCCUGCCAGGGCACAUUGCUUCAGAAUGCACAACAAAGUCGCUAUGUUGGAACUGUCGAGAACCUGGCCACAUGGCCAGCAACUGUCCAAAUGAGGGCAUCUGCCACACCUGUGGUAAGGCUGGUCAUCGUGCUAGAGAGUGCACUGCUCCCCCACUUCCUCCUGGGGACUUGAGGUUGUGCAACAACUGCUACAAACAGGGUCAUAUUGCAGCUGACUGUACAAACGAAAAGGCAUGCAACAAUUGUAGGAAGACGGGCCACCUGGCACGUGAUUGUCCGAAUGAUCCCAUCUGCAACAUGUGCAAUGUAGCUGGGCAUGUAGCUAGGCAGUGCCCAAAAUCCAACAUUAUUGGAGAGCGGGGUGGUGGUGGUGGUGGUGGUGGUGGUGCUCGUGGUGGUGGUUACCGCGAUGUUGUAUGCAGGAACUGCCAGCAACUGGGUCAUAUGAGCAGGGAUUGCAUGGGCCCUUUGAUGAUCUGUCACAACUGUGGUGGACGGGGACAUCUGGCAUAUGAGUGUCCUUCUGGCAGGUUUAUGGAUCGCUAUCCCAGGAGGUACUAAUGAAUGGCAGCUCAUGUGCUUAGCAAUCUAUUUUCUUUGUUAUGUUUUUACCUUAAAGCAGCGGUACCUUAGUUUUUGGAUUAAUUGAAAGUUGAAACUUAAUGAAUUUAGAUGAGUGGAUUUGAAACUUUA